AAAGAUUGCAGACGGACCGCUGCCUGCACCGGGCAUUUCGGUGUCGCUGCAAUCGUAUCGAGCCAGUCGAGCUUUUUUGGACUAUAAAUAUAUGAUGGCCCUGUUUAACAAGCUGCUAUUCAACAAGAAAAGAAAUACUAGCUCAUCGUCGCAGAAAACAAGCCCCGGACAGUUCCCUUUUAGUGCAGAUCAGGUACGAAUUUUGGUAUUCCAGGAGUGUGAUAUUCGAGGCCGAAAGCUACUAUUUGACUCCAGCACCGUUGAGAAGGUUUCGUCCGAUAGUACGAGUGCGGCAGCUACGGCAGCAUUUGCCAGCGAUCAUCAUCCAACGUCUGUGCCGCAGGUUCAAAAGUGUGAUCACUGCAAUGUGGUCUACCGAGUGCGCAAGCAAACCGAUCCUCGUAGUGAGGCCCUCCUCAAGACGGAGAUCAAACAGUUUGAAGAGAUGGUGUUCGGAUCGGCACCGAUCGCGUUUCGUGGCAGUAGUUUUAAGGUGCACUGGUUGAAGGCGCCGAAAACGCUCAUGUGCUCACUCGUGUUCCCAACUCCCGUGCACAGUGGUACAAAAAAGUCCUCCGUAUCUACCUAUCCCGGCUCGGAACUGUUUAUCAACAGUGGAGGAAGCAGUGGCAUUGGUAGUACUAGUGGCGUUGGUGGGAACGGUGUCGACUAUAAUCCUUCCGUGAGUGAUCUCAGCUCGAUCGGUACGGGAUCGUUGCAUUCGUUCACCGUCACGUCCUCUACCGCCACACAGCAUGACCCUUCAAUGUUGCACCGACUGCGUCCAGUACUGCCGGCGGAGUUUUGCAACUUUGAUCGUUUCGCCAACUUACGCCACUCGUCGAACUCGGGUGUCGAUUCCGGUUACGGUGGAACGGAUCCGUGGGGUCUUUCCGGAUCGGGUUCGUCACGCCAUCCUGCAUCAUCAUCGCAUCGCAGCAGUUUGUCCUCCAUCUACAGCGAUUUUGACUGCAUCCGACGGAUGAGUACGGAUAACUAUAGCAUGGACAUUCCACCACCGCCAAACUGUGUCAGUUUGGAGGAUUGCCACUCGUACGGUAGCUUUCAUCGGCGAGUAUCGAAAAAUCUGUCAACAUCGUUCGAAAACCGUCACACGAUUGCCGACCAUGUGGGCCAUCUGGAUGAGCUGGGUCAGCUGAUGUUGGGGAAUGGGGUGGGUCAGCACGUGACGGCAACGAAUGCGACAGCCAGCGAUGGAUGCGUGGUGUCACGGAAUCGGCGCAACAGUGAAACAAUGGAACUGAACCGACGGAAAGCUUACAGUGGAGAGCUGCUGUCGACGGCCACCAAUUAUCAGGGCAAAGCGCCAAGUAAAAAGCUACGACUUGGAGUGGCGGUUUGCAUUCGACUGAAUGAUGUGAUGCUGCAGGACACGGAUACAUUCUGUUCCGAGCAUAUGACAGUUUUUGAAUCGAUCCUGUGUCGGGUUCGGGUGGCUGUGGAGAAAGCAUACAUCCGUUGGCGAUCAUUUCUGCAGAUUAUGCUGGGGGCAUGGCAUUCGACACAACAAUGGUUAAAUGAUCUCUUCACUGCACCCCGUUUAAACAACCCAGUCUGGUUGACGCUCAGCAGUAGCAGCUUGACCGAUCGUAAUUUAGCCUCACUGGCCAACACGUUCAUGAACGAUCUCUGCUCUUUGCUGUCGCUGGCCGAUACAAAAGAUACCAAUUUUUUUAUCAGCACAAUGAUAACCGCUGUCCUAACGCACCAUCUUGGAUGGGUAGGAACGAUAGCUGCUAUGACCGCGACGGACGAUUCGUCCCCGAACAGCAAGCUCGAUCUUAUACGGCGGGAAAAGAUUCGCAUGAACGAAAUCACCGCCAACCAUCCUUACAGUGUGCUAUGGGCACAGCUGGGCGACCUUUACGGUGCGGUCGGCUAUCCGACGAAGCUGUCGAAAACAAUCAUUUGUGGUAGUUCGCAGCUAAGCAACAUGCUUGACAAGAUACUGAACGUGCUGUCAUACUUUAUACGCUGCUCGGAGAUAAAAAGGACCGUUUAUGUGGAGUCUUUCGAUGAGGCAAACAUUCGUACAGCUUUCAUAUCGCAGCGGGCAAAUGUUAAUGCUGCCGGGACUUUACCCCAAGCGUCCUUGGAUGAAGAUUUUACUACAAAGGACAUUAAAAUGGCGGUCGCUGAUCGAUCGGUCGAGGGAUUGCUUGAACCACCAGUCCAACCGCUGUUACGCUCUGCAUCCUCCGGUAUGGUCCGGUCGGCGACGAGAAUGAAAAAUUUGGUCUCGUUGGGUGGAGAUGACGACCAACAACAGCAGCAGCAAGAAGAAGGUAUUUCGAAACAUUCAGCUUCUACCGGUGAGAUGACCUCUAUCCCAAGCAGCGAAGAGGUACAGAAAGCGCUCAAGAAAAACGUAAUGAAUGACAUUCCAAAUGUGCUGGUGUACCGUGAUUCGCGCUUCGUACGGCAAGAGCUUCGUAUAGGCAACAAAAGCAUGGACACGGGACUGGUGAUGAAUGCGAGGGAAAAGCAGUACCUCGAAGCGCGGUAUCAAAUCGGUAAGGUAGCUCUUAUGCAUCAACCACAAUUACCCGAUGCAGAGCUAGCACAAGAAGCCCUUGUACUCGAAGCGAACGAUCCUCAUGGGCUGGACGAUGGAGAUGAUCGUGAAUCGGUUCGGUUAUCAUAUCUCAUAACGGAAAACAGUCUCGGGCAGGUGGGCCCAUCGGAUGCGGCUGAAUCGCAGCAACGUUUAAUAUGGGGUGUCGAGAAGACGAAGGAAGGCAUCGCUUUCGAGCAGCUUAAGUACAUAAGCCUAUUGCGGGGCGAAUACAAGGUACAAAAGAACGCCGUGAGUGAUAGUGCUAGUGAGCUAAAGAAUGCAAACAAUCAGAAUGAGGUUGUAUUUGUGCUCGGUGAGAACGAGAUGCUGAAGGACAUUCAUCGAAAAGCGGGCGGACAGCAUGAUGAUGUUUUGAAAUCUUUGGGGAUGGUGCAACCGCUAAAACAUUGUUGCCAGCAAAAGUUUAAUAGUUUCGACAAGUAUCGACAGAUUGCGGCAAAGUUUCUUAAAAGUCGCAACCUUCCGGACAAUCAUUUGCUUGAGCGUGGGAAAGGAUUUUCGUCCGAUGAGGAAAGCAUUGUGUCUCCGUUUUCGGAAUUCUCGUUCGAGUUCAGUGAAAACCAAGGAACGAAUGGACCGUCCGAAUGUGCGGUAUGUCAUCAGAUCCCUACCAUCUUCUGCCUGCAAACACCGACGAACGCAUCCGAGCUGGAGUUUGUUGGGGAACUUUCCGACGCUAACCAUAGGCCACCGUGCUGGAAGGAACGAACACUGCUGCUGGAACAGUUGACCGGCGAGUGUGCAAAUUUGACCGAUGUGUCAGCCACUUCUUCGUCGCGCCAUCCAGCGGGAUCACUGAUGCGAGACAACAUUCCGCUUAUUGUACUUCCGGGCCACACGAUGGCAACGUUGGACGAGAAUGAUGAGCUGCGGGUAAAGCAUCCGGGAAGUAUUUUGAAGCUAAUCGAUAUACCCUUCCCCAAAGGGAUGCGAACAGCUGCACCGGGAAGUGAUGAGAAUAAUAAUAGUAAUGGUACCGGUACCGGCUGUUCCACUAGUGGAAGUGGGCAUGGUGGAAGCAAUGGUGGGGGUAGUGCCGGUGGAAGUGGUAGUGGUGUUGGUGGUCGUGACGGUGGCACCAGCCAUCACCACCAUCAUCAUCAUCAUCAUCAUCAUCAUCAUCACCAUAGUGCGAACGAUUCUAGCAACACUGGUAACAACGAUAAGACUGACAAAGGUUUGCGAUGUUUUCGAACCGGUUUUAUGCCUUCUCUGUUUAGCCGUAUCACCGAUCACUACAUGCCGGAUAUGGUGUUGCAGGCCACGACAGCACCACCGAGCCAGUGGGAAGCAUCGUUGAAGCGGGAUCUUAAUCUUGCGGCACGGUUCACGCUGUAUGAGCAGCAACUGACGGAGAAUAAUGCAAUCAUCGCAAAUCUAGACACGCACGAAGUUCGUUUGCUUUCUUCGCAGUCGCUUGUGGACGGUGAUAUUAUCGGGAUGUCACAGAUCGUGUCUUCGAUGCUGGAAGCCGUCAAUGCGAUGUGGUCCGCUGGAAUCUCCGCUUAUCAGUGCAUGGCGUUUAUCGAAUCGAAACUGCGCGAGCUCUAUCUACAGUCGGAAACGAUCGCAAGCGUUAUGUUGGCUACCGAUUUCUGCACCAUGAACUCGAUCACCACCGCGAUGGAUAUCACUGCCAACGAUAUGGAGCUGCUGCUGUCCGUUGCAUCCGUACACACGCCCGAAGCCACCAAACGGUACCGUGUGCUGAUGCGUUAA